AUGGGCCAGGACGACUGGGCGGCUGGCGCGGUCCCCCGCAAUUCGGGCCUCACGGUGGUUCUCAAGGCGGCUCUGAGCAAGGCGGUUCUCAACACGGUGGCUCUCAAGGCGGCUCUGAGCAAGGCGGAUCUCAACACGGUGGCUCUCAAGGCGGAUCUCAGGGCGGUAGCUAUCAGGUCGGGCCUCAAGGUGGCUCUCAACACGGUGGCUCUGAGCAAGGUGGCUCUCAGGGCGGUAGCUACUAUCAAGUUGGGCCUCAGGGUGGAUCUCAAGGCGGUUCUCAGCAAGGCGGCUCCCAACAUGGUGGCUCCCAAGGUGGUUGGUUCGGCGGGUUUGGAGGCCGUCACGGGUCACAUGGGCCAGGACGACUGGGCGGCUGGCGCGGUCCCCCGCAAUUCGGGCCUCACGGUGGUUCUCAAGGCGGCUCUGAGCAAGGCGGUUCUCAACACGGUGGCUCUCAAGGCGGCUCUGAGCAAGGCGGAUCUCAACACGGUGGCUCUCAAGGCGGAUCUCAGGGCGGUAGCUAUCAGGUCGGGCCUCAAGGUGGCUCUCAACACGGUGGCUCUGAGCAAGGUGGCUCUCAGGGCGGUAGCUACUAUCAAGUUGGGCCUCAGGGUGGAUCUCAAGGCGGUUCUCAGCAAGGCGGCUCCCAACAUGGUGGCUCCCAAGGUGGUUCGCAGCAAGGCGGCUCUCAGCAAGGCGGCUCUCAGCAAGGCGGCUCCCAAGGUGGCUCCCAAGGUGGUUCUCAACACGGAGGCUCACAAGGAGGUGGCUAUCAGGGCGGCUCUCAGCAGGGCGGCUCUCAAGGCGGUGGUUAUCAAGUCGGCCCUCAGGAAACGCCAAGCUGGAACGGGUGGCUCCCUGGUUUUCUCCAGCCCGGCCAAGGUGGCAAUGGAGGUGUCCACACUGUUACAGUCACAGUAUCGCCUACCUUGA